AUGGCAACGACUACCGGCGCAUUCAUUGCUGGUGGCAUCGCAGCUUGCGGUGCGGUCACUGCGACACACCCUAUGGAGACAGUGAAGAUCAGAAUGCAGUUGCAGGGAGAGUUACAGUCCAAGGAUAUCGCAAUUAAGAAAUACAAGGGUGUUUUCCAUGGCGUCAGUGUCAUCCUGAAAAAUGAAGGAUUUCGUGGUAUAUACCGGGGAAUAGGGUGCGCAUACGUAUACCAGAUUCUUCUUAAUGGUUGUCGGCUAGGUUUUUAUGAGCCGUUGAGGGCGGCUUGCACGAAGCUUGUCUUCAGAGAUGCGAAUGUACAAUCGCUCGGGGUCAACAUAUUCUCGGGGGCCGCCUCUGGGAUAUUGGGAGCUAUGGCGGGUUCCCCCUUCUUCCUGAUCAAGACUCGGUUGCAGUCUUACUCUCCCUUCCUCCCGGUCGGUACGCAACACACAUACCGUAACGCCAUGGAUGGUUUCAGGCAGAUAUAUGGGACAGAAGGAAUCAAAGGCUUAUACAGAGGAAUGGGAGCCGCAAUGGUCAGAACCGGAGCAGGAAGUUCUGUGCAAUUGCCAACAUAUUUUUUCGCCAAACGACGAUUAAUACGCCAUGCAGGCAUGGAGGAUGGACUAGCCCUGCAUCUGCUGAGUUCGACGGCCAGCGGCUUUGUGGUUUGCUGCGUCAUGCAUCCUCCCGACACGGUAAUGUCUCGACUUUACAACCAACACGGCAACCUUUACAACGGCAUUUUCGACUGUUUAUGGAAAACCAUUUCCACAGAGGGAUUCCUCAGUGUUUACAAAGGAUUCACAGCUCACUUAGCCAGGAUAUUACCACACACCAUCCUCACCCUGACAUUGGCAGAGCAGACGAACAAGCUGGUACGGGGAGUCGAGUCCCGGAUUCUACCUCAGUCAUUGAAGGACAAACUCUGAGAGGGUUUCAAGUCUAUGUUUGUACCAUUCGCAUUCUGCAGCAUUCGAACAAGCAUCCCGCUGCGAUCCGGCAGAGAAAAGCUUGUUCCGGCACUCUGAGAAGCACUAUAAGUGCAACUGAAUGAAGCUGGCUAGGAUAUAUCAACCCGAUGGAUAAAUUUCUCAUGUCCAAUAUGUGUUGGUUGACGAGAUGCACGCUCGUCUGAUCGGAUCCGCGAGACAUGAUGGGGUGAAGAUGCCAGGACUUGGUGCCGACUGUUAGAGCACAUUGUAGAACCUCACACCAGAGUCUGCCAUUGGUAGCCAAAGGCAAUCAAUGCACAAUACCAACAACACAAGACGUGUCGACUUCUCUUUGCGCAACCUGAAC